AUGGACAUGGGCGAAGACGCGGCGCCGGUCAUUCUGGCAGACUGGCUGGACCGUCUGCUGACCUCGUGGCAUGACCAUCGUAUCCUCCUCGCCUCGGGCCUGGUCCUGAGCGUCCUUGCCAUCAUUGUGCGGCGCAGGCGUGCCGCCAGAAUCACAUUACGCGAUUCUUCUCCAGGGCUAGAGAAAGCAGAUUGGCUCGCGGCAGACGAGGGUGCUGCCAGAACCGCCACGAAUGAGAAGAACGAGACAACUUCCAUAUACGUCGAUCAGCUUACCUCUGGCCAGGCUCGAAAACCUCGACCAGCAGCGGCCCGUGUCGUGACCGGACGCAAGCCGGUCAGUUCCAGAGGGCACACAUCACCCCAGAGACAAACGAACCCGUCUUAUCUACAGCCCUUGGUCUUCUUCUCGUCAUUGACAGGCACAACUGAACAGCUGUCGAAGAAGGUAGCUGCUGAACUCGAAUCGCUUGCGACCACCCAGUCCCCGAUCCUCAAGCCCGAAGUGUACGAUCUCUCAUACAUCGAUCUCGACGACUACUUUAUCACCGGGCCCAAGACAAACAAGUCAGCCCAGAAUGUGCGAUAUUUUUACCUGCUGCUCAUUCCAUCCUACGACAUCGAUACGAUCCUGAAUACCUUCCUCGCGCACCUUGAUGAAACCCACAAUGACUUCCGCAUCGACACCGCACCGCUCGCCUCAUUGGCAGGGUAUACGGUCUUCGGCAUCGGAGACAGAGAAGGAUGGCCUACAGAGGAGAGAGGAUUCUGUUCACAGGCCGUGGAAGUAGACAGAUGGAUGGCCAAACUAACGCGCCGGAAAAGAGCAUACCCAUUGGGACUGGGCGAUGUGAAGAGCAACAUCGAGCAAGCGACGAAGGAGUGGACAGGUGGAGUGUGUGAUGUUCUCCAGGAGCUCAGUGUUUCCGGCACGCUCGGAGACGGUGUCCCUGGCAGCGGGGCCGCUGUUGAGAGCGACCAGGAGGACGAGCCAGAUGCCGGGUACGACAACGACGAUGACUUCCCCGACUCAGGGCGCAACAAGCGGCGGAAACUGGCUAAUACCACAGAUGUCGAGGACGUCGGUGGGAAGAGCGCCCCUGUGGCGAUCGAUUUCACCAAGUACUCGACCACUUCCACCUCCGCACCUGUCCCAUUAAAGGCCAUGGUGCCCAGGGAAUCGCCUACUCACGCAGCUCUGACCAAACAGGGCUACACGAUCGUGGGCACCCACUCAGGCGUCAAGAUCUGCCGAUGGACCAAAUCCGCCCUGCGCGGUCGCGGUUCUUGCUACAAAAACUCCUUCUACGGCAUUGCUUCCCAUCUGUGUAUGGAAACCACGCCGUCCCUGUCAUGUAGCAACAAGUGCGUCUUCUGCUGGAGGCAUGGCACCAACCCGGUCUCCACGACGUGGCGGUGGCAGGUCGACGACCCAAAGAUGAUCUUCGACGGCGCCAAAGAGGGGCACUACAAGAAGAUUAAGAUGAUGCGCGGCGUGCCGGGCGUGCGGAGCGAACGAUUCGAAGAAGCCAUGCGAAUCAGGCAUUGCGCGCUGAGUCUCGUGGGUGAACCGAUUUUCUAUCCACGGAUCAACGAGUUCGUCGGCCUCUUACACGGCGAGCGCAUAUCGAGUUUCUUGGUGUGCAAUGCCCAACAUCCGCAGCAGCUCGACGAUCUGAGACGAGUCACGCAACUGUACGUGAGCAUCGACGCCAGCAACCGGGACAGUCUGCGCAAGAUUGACCGUCCUCUACACCGUGAUUUCUGGGAACGCUUCAACGCUUGUCUGGACAUACUGCGAGCCAAGAGAUUUGAGCAACGCACCGUCUUCCGGCUCACGCUGGUGAAGGGCUUCAAUGUGGAGGAUGAAGUGGAAGGGUACGCAGACCUGGUUGCCAAGGGAUUACCCUGCUUCGUCGAGAUCAAGGGCGUCACUUACUGCGGGACGUCGACUUCCUCUUCAGCCGGCCUCACCAUGCAAAACGUUCCCUUCUACGAAGAGGUGGUUGCCUUUGUGGAAGCUUUGAAUACCGCUCUUGCGAAGAGAGGCCUCGAAUAUGGAAUCGCGGCCGAGCACGCGCACAGCUGUUGCGCGCUGAUUGCGUCGAACCGCUUCUUGAUUGACGGCAAGUGGCACACCAUCAUUGACUACGACAGAUUCUUCGCGUUACUGCAAGGGGGGCAAGAUUUCAAACCAGAGGAUUACUGCAAGGAGACGCCAGAGUGGGCGCUCUGGGGCAACGGCGGGUUUGAUCCCAGAGACGAACGGGUCGAUCGAAAGGGGAAGCCGAAAGAAGCGACCAAGGCCGACGAGGUAGCCAGGGGAAGGAAAACAAAAACAGGAACAGUCGUGGCCGUGCAGAGUGGCGGCUUGGAUUUCUGA